CUUUAUUCCUUUUUAUUCUGUCCUCUCUCACUCUCGCUCUCUCACUCCCACCCUCGCUUUCAUUCUCUAGUUCUUUUCUUCUUGUCCGGUUUGCUUCUUUCUUUCGACUCGUCACUCGUUUAUCAUAACUGGCAGCGACAUGCUUCUCUAGACAUCCUAUACCGAUAGACUCUCCAUCGUCCCUGCUCCGUUCUCCGCGCUCGUUCCGACACUCUCCUUUCUUUCCUUUCUUGAGGGUCCUGUGCUGCGACAAUGGCCCCUCAAUGGCUCCAGACCCUCUUCCUGGCCAUGAUCCUGGCCGGCCAGGGAAUUGUCAACGGCCUCACUCUGAACGUGGAUGAUGAGGCAUCCAUCAAAGAUAUCGCCGGAAAAGUCGCCUACAACACCAUGUCUUACUAUCACUCCAAUGAAUCCUCUAGCGAUCUCAUGCCCGGAAAGCUGCCCGGUACCUGGUGGGAAGGCGGUGCCUUAUUCAUGACCCUCAUGCAGUACUGGCAUUGGACCGGCGACAAAUCCUACAACGAUGUCACCCAGACCGGCAUGUUAUGGCAAAAGGGCAACAAUGAUUACUUCCCCGACAACCAAAGCAAUUAUCUCGGAAACGAUGAUCAAGUCUUUUGGGGCUUGGCCGCCAUUACCGCCGCCGAACUCAACUUCCCGGAGCGCAAGGGCGAUUCCUCGUGGGUAUCGCUGGCCCAGGGUGUGUUUAAUACUCAGGUUCCUCGAUGGGAUACGACCGCUUGCGCUGGUGGUUUGCGCUGGCAGAUUUGGCCCUACCAGGGUGGAUACAUGAUCAAGAACGCUGUCUCCAACGGUGGUCUCUUCCAGCUGGCCGCUCGUCUGGCUCGCUAUACCGGCAAUCAAACUUAUUUCGACUGGGCCGAGAAGAUCUGGGAUUGGAGUGCGACCACCCCGCUGUUGAAGCAAUCCGACUGGACCAUUGCCGAUACGACCAACAUGCAAGCAAACUGCACCGAUCAUGGCGACCUCCAGUGGACCUACAAUUAUGGUCAAUAUCUCGGUGGGGCCGCCUACAUGUACAAUAUUACAAACGGAGACGCAAAGUGGAAAGAAGGCAUUGACGGCUUGCUUGGAACCACCUUCCGAACAUUCUUCCCCAAGAAGUAUGGCAGCAAGACCAUGUCCGAAAUCUCCUGCGAACCGAAUAUGAAAUGUGACCGGAACCAAGACUGUUUCAAGGGUUUCCUGUCUUCGUGGUUGACGAAUAUGGCGGAGAUUGUACCUUACACGCACGACCAGAUCAUGCCUGCGAUUCUAGAAUCAGCCCAAGGAGCUGCCCAGCAGUGUUCGGGCGGGGACGACGGCACCCAGUGUGGACGACGAUGGUACCAGGAUACCUGGGAUGGGUCAACGUCGAUGGAGUCGGACAUGAGUGCGUUGAGUGUCAUUUCAUCCACCAUGUUCAUGCACAAAAAGAACAGCCAGGGGCCCCUCACUGCCGAUACGGGCGGAAAAAGUAAGAGUGAUCCCACUGCGGGUGCCGACGACGGAGACGAGCAGCCUGGUGAGCUACCGGAUAUCUCAACGGGAGACCGUGCCGGGGCUGGCAUUGUGACCGUGGUGUUUGUGGCCAUGUGGGGUGCUGCGAUGACCUGGAUGGUAUACGGAGGUUAACCAUAGUGCGUUUGUUGCUGCGUUGUACUUGUAUAUAUAAGCAGUCGUUUUUUUUUUUUUUUUUUUUUCUGUUGUCUUUUCCUUGGGUGUAUAUUCUGUUAUUGGGUGGCGUUUGGUGAGCACAUUUGCAAAGAUCGACUUGUAUAGUUUCUGCUCGGUACUCAGUGAUAUCCGCAUGUAAUACGUUUCAUUUCUUCUUUGGGCCACUUUAGUCUGUAUACUUGCGUGACGUCGAUACUAAAGCGGUAUAGCAUGCUAGAAAGAAGCCCUCCAUUGCUGCUUUAAUUCCAAAUUUGCAGAGGCCGUCACAAAUACAUGCACAAGCAUGUUGAUGCUGGGCGUCCAUAAUUGUCUC